AUGAGAGCUCUAUUCCCUGUGAUUUUGUUGGCGGUGACGUCAACACUGGGGUUCACCGUCCAGAAGCCGACCAUCGACGAGAAUGGUUAGUCAUUUUUUUUUCUCACGUUUUUUUUUCAAAUUUGUUUGCUAUUCUUUGGUUUUGACUUAUUUUUCCUUCUUCUUGCUCUCACAAUUGUCCGAUUGAGUGUAGUGAAAAAAUUUCCAAUUUUUUCCUCUUUUUUUUCUACUUUUCCAAGGUUUUUUGAGAAAAGAAUGAAAAGUUAUUGGAAGUCAAGGGCUUUGAAAGUCGGAAAAAAAUUGAAAUUUUGGUAUUUUUUUUCUUUUUUUCGUUUUUCGGUAUUUCCUGCCCUCCAAAUUUAGAUUUUUUUUCAGAGCUUUAAACAAAAAAAUCCAGAAAAAAAUUCUAAGUUUCAAGAUACUAAAUAUUUCUGUUUAUGACAAUUAAUCUGAAUCUUUACUCUCCUCGUUUAUGAAUCCAUAUUGGUGAGAUAGCCAAAAUUUCAGCUGUAAACAUGGAAAAUGUGUUACUCCUAAUUUUCUUCUCUCUUCAUACUUCCAUAGGUUCCCACCUAGUACCUUAUAAAUUUCACACGAGCUGAACUCAUUGUGGCCGCUUGAUCCUGCACUUGUUGCAAGCUCCGUGCUAAUUGUCGCACUUAUCUCCCCAUGUUCGGCAGCUAACGACGCGUAUUCUUGGAGAUCAUGGAGGUCUAAUUAUUUAUUUGUGUUCUCGGUGUGUUCUCAUGGGAAAAGUGUCGGCGGUUUCGUGGUUUUGACACAUCUGAAUGAGAAAUUGGGACGGCUAGCUGGAGGAAAAAAAAUUAUUCCAAUGCUGCGGCUUCUGAAGAGGAAGAUAGUACUUUACAAAAAAACGGCAAGGUUUUAUUUGUAAGCUUUUUCAAUCUAGCAAAGUAUUCAGAUAUUUUGGUACACAAAAAGCAACUCCGUUGAUAGUUGAUAGGUUUAAAAAACAGAGGAAAGCUAAAAGUAUAAAUGUUGUGUUUUUAUAAGAGUUUUCGAUGGAGUUUCAAUUUUUUUUUCUUUCUAAGAGACCUCUAGAGAUAUUUUCACAUGUUUUUACCUAAUCAGACAUUCUGAUACAACCAAGAACUAUGGAGACGAAAUGAAGAAAUGAAGAAACGCCGCGGCACCAAACACAAACAGAGGAAUACUUGACGUUUUUGGGGCGCAAUCAUCAUGCAUUCGGCUUCGGUUGGGUUGAAAGAAAGCGCGGUGCCGGCCGUUGCGUAACUGUGGCUUCCGGCGACUUUGGAUGCACACCACACACCUAUUUGCUUCUUCACCAUCCUUCUUUUUUGUUUGAACAUUUGUCGGCAACAAAAAAAAACGGGAAUAUGGUUGGGGGAGCUGUGAAGUUUGACUCACUGGAUGAUGUGGCGCGUCUCAAUUCUCUGUUUGUUGUGUUUUACAAAACGUAUCAACUACGUUUGUACUGUAGAGAGAGUGAAAUAAGAUUAAAAUAAUUCUUACAAAUUUUUUUAGGGUAUCUUGGUUUUUUUUUAGUUAAAAUGAACUCCAUGUUAUUGAUUCUUAUCGUAUUACGAGAAUGGUAGAAAAAUUUUAAAAUUGUCCAUGAAUGGUGAGUUCAUUUUUUUGUGGUCAAGUGAACGGUUGUUCGAUUUCAAAAUCAAUUUCAUUUAAGGAUGAAAAAAUAUAAAACUUUCCAAGAAAUAAAUUUUUAAUAGCAUUUUUUAGGGCGCAGAAGUUGAAAAAUGAUUAGUUCAUUUUUUUAGGGAAUUUUUUCGUUCAAAGUAUCACUCGUUCUGUUUCUUCACUUUUUGUUUAACCAAGCUUUGACGUUCGGGGCCUAAUCUGUGGCCUGGGUCAAUUAAUUUGGAGGAUCUCGAUGCCGUGCGGCGGCCGCUCUUUCAUCAAUUUCCUCGAAUGUCUUCGAAAUUCGCUUCCAAGUUUCAAACGGUCGUGUUUGUAUUUUCGGUAUCGGGUUUGGCCGAGAGGCUUUGCACAUUGGCUUCUGUUUGCGUUUUGACCUCUUCCUCCUCCGUUUUCUCGCCCAUCUAGAAGAACUGAUACGAUUCUUCUUCGUUUCUUGAGGACGGAACGAAAUUCGGCUGGAAGAAUUCCUCCAAUUUCAUUGGAAGUGAACAACGAUGAUUUGCACCUGUUGCACCUGUCUGACGAUUUGGAUUGGAGAAAAGCCACGAUUUGGUGGCAAUAAUGAGGAGCCAUUAUCAUGGGCGACGCAUCCAGCCUCGCCUCACAGCAAUGUAUUCAAUAACACGUGUGCUGCCUUCAUUGUUUCCCGCAUUUUUGUGGCUCUCCUUGAUUGCUUUGACAAUUUCGGUGACCUUGGAUUGCUCCAAUCAAGGAUGCGUGUUAUUACACAUGAUAUGGGGGAAAAAGGCACGAGAGAAUAAAUUUCUAAAAAAUGCUGAUGAAUUUUGUAGCGUGCUGUUAAAGCUUGCUUUGUUUUGAAGACAACUGAUUUUUUUGUUCGAAGAAGGGGUAUGACGGUUUCUCAACAACAACCUGAUAUACGUUUUUUAUUUCCGCAAGCACCGAGUGCACGUUAAUCCGUCAAAGGGCAUUCUCGUUUUUGUGCCUAAUCCCCUUUGCCUCGAUUAGACAGCUUCCUAAUUUUUUUCUUCUUCUUCUUCUCCGGUUUGACUCCCAUUCAAUUCGAUUUGCAGCCGGUCACUUGAUACGCGCAAAAGGAAUGGGUUUUAUUCCUUUUUGGCAGAGAGCCGCUGCCAUUGUCCACGUGUUUUAUGAUGUGGCGGCGUGAGCUCAAGCCAAAUUCAGCCAUCAACCGGGUGGAGAUGGUCACCUCCAGACGAUUUUUACGAUCGCAACAUGUCCCUUUGUCCUUUUUUUGGUCGGAUUCAUUAGGAUUCGUCAGCCGAGGAGAGAAUGAUUGUCGAUUGUGAUAGGCGGCGAAUUGCGUGAUGGAGCCUUGAGAUCUUUGAGAUUUCCGCCAGAUAUGUGUAUAUCGUUUUGGCGCAUUCAAUGCCGCGGAUGUACGGGGCUCCCUACCUGAAAAUGAUGGUUACUCUUUUUCGGCAUAUCAAACGCAAACGUUAAUCCAGAGAUUAAUGCUUAACAAAUGGAUGAGGUCACCUGUGAAACAGGCCAUCAACUAAGUGAGGAACUCAAAUCAGUUUCAGUGAAAGAAAAAUUCGAGUCAACCGAUAUAUCGAAGCAGUUGACACUCUUCCUUCAAGCAGUUUGCGAACUAUUCUACCACCCUCGAGAUGUUCUAAUCCAUUUAACUACUCACUGGAACCAGCCACUAGAAGCAUACUAAUUACGACCGGGUUCUGGAUGUGUCAUUUCUAAAAGCAUAAGUGCUCGUCCCGCUCACUCGUUUCGAUAAAUUCAUCGUGCAACCCAAAUCGCCGCAAAACGCCCAAAAUGGUCCUCCAUAACAAUCUCAAGUUACUUGUUCCAAGCCGAGUCCGUUCCAUUCAAUUCUCAGGUUUCUUUUGCGACCGCACGCUACAACUGUCGCAAAACAUAUGAAUGAGAGGGAUCUAUGAAAUUAGAGUUCUCUAGAAUAGCUUUUAAAAAGUUAUUUGAAGGAUACAAUUUUUGUAGAUUGUUUCAAGCGACUAUCAUUUGACGAGACUGUUCUCGCAGCUUCUUUUUAUGAUAAACAUUCUUCGAACCCGGCGAAAACUUCAAGAAUAUGUUAAAAGUGACCGCCGGAUGGGCAGCAAGCGCCGCAAAAAACAGACAGAUAUCCACUCGAUUGAUCAUCUGCCUUAAUCCGCAACGCACACGGUACGCCUAUCAUCUCGCCGCUGCUGCCCCCAGAAAAGUUCUGCGCGGCGGCAGACGGCAGCCGCCGAGUUCAUACUUGGAGCUAAUAAGUGGCGCGCAAACAGGUUAAGAGCUUGUAGAGAUCAUCUCAAGUGCAAUAUUUUGUGGCCUGGAUGCUAAAAGUUGUUUGAAAUUCUGAUGACUAGAAAAAAAAAAACAGAAAACUUUGAGUUCGAGCCUCUCAAGUUCUUCCCAGUUAUUCAAACAAAAGAAAAUUUCGAGCUACAAGUUUGACUUCAUGGAGAAUUGUUUGAUAAAACCUAAAAAGAGCAUUUCAAAUUGCAAUUAACAUAAUUAGUCAGAACACUCUCCACAAUUUUUCUAAUUUUUCAAAAAGCCUAAAAAUGCAGUCCAUUUGCUACGUGAAGAAGUAAUUUUUCGGGUUUUGAAAAAGUAUCAAGGUGGAGUUAUCUGCUUUAAGAAUCUUAUUUGCUUUCUUUCACGUCUUCCUUUUUUCACAGCCUUUUUUUAAAACAUAAGUUUUGCGUGAGAUAUGCUCUUCAACCCAAGAGGAACAGUCCUCUGAAACUUACACGAGAGGUUGAGAAGAAAGAAAAGCAACGUUUUGAAUGAGCGCCGCCGUCUUCUUCUUCUUCGUCUUCCAGGCGCGCAAACAGAAACAGCAGCCGAGGAGCACGUACGGUCAACAAGCCGUCAAAACUCCUCUGGCCUGCCUACGACGCGAAACGAAACAAAAUGAGGGGAUCUCAUGGGCCGCGACCGACGCGUUUUUCUUUUUCAAAUUUUGGCGGGAAUGGUCAUGAGAAUGUCGCAAAGUCAUGAAAUAUGGUUCAAAUUGGGCUUUUUUUCGAGCUUUUUUGAUCCAGCUGUUCAUCCUCCUCAGAGUCCUUUUCACGUCAAUUUUUUUUUUCAACUUACUAAAUGAACUUUUUUAUGUACUUUGAAACAAUGAAACUAACUUCUGGUCAAUUUUCCGAGUUUUAUAAGUUUAUCACUUUCAAACAAACAAAAAACUAUGUUUUUCGAAAAAAUUGUAUUUUCAGGUGGAAUUUCGCACACGAUCUGCGAUGGACAGCUCGCAGAACUGAGCUGUCCCAUUGGGAAAGUCAUUUCAAUUGUUAUUGGUAAUUAUGGCCGAUUCUCCAACCAAGUGAGAUCAUUGUUCGAUCUUCGAUCCAAAAAGGUUUUUUUCAGGUUUGCAUCGGUGAUCCGGAUAACUUCGUACCCUCGAACAACAACUGCCAGAAUCACAAGACCAAAUCGAUCCUGGAAAAGAAGUGAGUUUUGAAUGGGAUAGGGAGAAAAAUAAUUAUGGGUUUUGUCGCAAAAUUUUCAUUGAAUAUUUCAUGAUUCACGAUUUGAAUCUGAGGGGAGGCUGUAAUAUUUUCGUAGUCAUUUGAGAAGGAAAAGGCAGUUUUCUGGGAUCUAGAAAAGCAUUUCUCGUUUUGGAUUUUCUGUCAAAAAAUUCCCAAAGAAAAGUUCAAAAAAUAUAAAAAAACUUUGCCACCUUUUUGGUUUUUCGUGGGAUUUUUUUUGACACAUUUCCAGUUCGAUUUCAUAGUAUUUUGCGUGUCGAGUCUGAGGGAAAUAAGAAGAGGUUGUAUUAUUUUUACAGCCAGCCGGGAUGGCUUCAAAGCAAAGGUCAAUGUUUGUUUUCUGAUAUCAAGCCAACCAGCAUUCCUUAUGUUCCUUAGGUGGGGGAACAAAAGGGCAUGGAAGACCUUGGACGAGGAUUUUAAUAAUAUUCUUUCUUAACUGCUCCUCUGCCGCGUGAAUAGAGUAGUACAGUUGGGCGGUGGUGGUCAUUUUUGCGCAAGUCCGAGUAAUUGGCGAUUAUUUACCCAGGCUGUCGGCAGGCCGGGGCUGGCCGUAGUGAAAUGUUUGCGCGGUAAGACGAGAAGCCGAAGGAAGAAAUGAAGGCCUCCAGGGCUGUUAAUGGGCAGCCGGAAGUUUUUGGAAGUAUGUAAGGUCUUUUUGAAAAUUGAAAAAGGUCAAAAAAAGUGUGGCUUCACUAUGUUUAGCAUUUUGUUUCUUCUUUGAUUGUUUUCUAAAAAAAACUUUCAAUUUUUCAACUCAGAUAGAUUCAGGUUAUAACCAAAUGGUCGGAAGAGUCAUUAAAAAAAAGAACUUCCUAAUUUAGUUUGAAAGAAUUUAUGAACAAACUGAGAGCAUUUUUGGCUUUCUUUUUGUUAGUUUGAUACUCUGCUUUACGUUCUCCGUUCUGCGCUAGUUCGACGAACUCGUGUCUGGAGGAAUGCAGUUGGCAGUCAUUUCCUUUUCCGCUUGCUCGAUUUACACACUCUGGGCGGACAUCAAAUCAGAAUAGCAGAGUUCCAGAAAUGGAAUGAAAUUCCAAGGUUCUUCGUAGUUUCGAAGAGUUCAAAGUUGAGGGAUUGUCCUGCUGAAAGUUCUAUGAUUAGGAGAUAUGCCUAAAUGGAGGCGGUUGGCCUCUUAUUUCUUCUCUUCUCCGCUACAGGUGAAAGGCGCGGAGAUCUGAGCGCAACAGUGCAUAAAGAAACAAGGAAUGAACAGAGAUUUUGAACGUCGUCAAGGCCGGCAGCUGCCGUGCCUUGAGGUUUUUUUUCCGCGUGAAAUGACGCGUUUCAACAGUAGUAAUGACUGUUGUUGGUUGCAGUGAGUCUGACCUUCUCUCGGCGGAUAUUGGACGGUUUUUUCCUCUUUUUUUUUGGAUUCGCGCGCGCGCCAUUUGCAUAUUGGUGAGCCGAGGGUGUGCGGUAAACCGCAAAAGGCGACUCGAAGACAAGUGGGCAUCUUCCGAGGUUCGGCUGGAAGGAGCCAAGAGGGCCAGCCCAGUAAUCUUCUAAUCCUUCUUUUUCUUCUUGCCUUUCCGCGCGCCGUCGCGGUCGACCAAGAGAAUACAAGUCAGAUUGGUGGUAAAGAAAAAAGAUUUUGGGUCGAAGUUCGAAAUAGUUAUAAAAAAUGUUCUGCCCAUUUAAGUUUUCGAUGAAAGUUUUCCAGGCCUUACUUAUUAUUAAAACGCGUCUGUUUUGAGCAAUGAACUCAUUGAGAAGCGUUCAAUUUACUCAAAAAAAGAUUCACUGCUUGCACGGGAUGCAAAAGAUUGAGCCAAUUUUGGCACCCCGCAUUUGACAGCUCUUUUUAAUGGCAUUAAUUGUGGACGUGUGAAGCGAAAGAGGCGACCAAAUGGAUUUCCGUGUUGCCCUUGUGCGCUAAUUGAGAAUUUGGCAAAGAGUUUGGGGUUUUGGAGUAAGGCGGCAUUGAAUAAAGGAAUGAAAGAAAAAGAAAGUUUCUUCUGCCAGCUAUUCUUCGUCUUGCACAGUUGUGUUAGUUCGCUGACCCGUGCUGGCCGACAGACCAAAGGUAGUCUUUUCCGGAGACAAUGGCGGCAGAAGAUCACAACUUUUUGCGGGCAAUGAAACACGAGACGUCCAACGAGCUACAUACCUGUAAUUUUGGCCUUUGUCUCUGAGUACCGUUCUUUUUUUGAUCGGAUUGGGUUUCGUGCCUUGAAAUUAGUUCAGUCUGUGGAACUUCAGUUUCAUUCGUAGAUUUAACGGCAUUGAUUGAAAUAUGACCUCACCUGAAUAAUUUCAUCAAAAGAUAUAUAUUCAGAAAAUUAAAAAAUAAAUUUUAAAGUAGAGGAUCUAUUAUCUCAAUAAAAAAGCUAUACUUUAGUAGUUUCUCCAAAAAACGCUUUUUUGUCGGCAGAUGAUCAGAUUGGCGCAUUUGUACGAACAGCCUGUCCGUCGGUGGCUUCUUUCUUUCUGGAUUGGUCGCAGAAGCCUAUAAUCAAGUCAGAGUAGUCAGGUCGAAGGAGAAAACCGAUCGUUUUUGGCUGGACAGACGGGCACGAGCUGUUUUUUUCCGGCACUAAUUGCCAUGUACCCGCACACAUUUGCAUUACAAUCCUUCCGUUGUUGUAGAAAUGGAAUGACUGAGAAACGAUGGGCUUAAAUUGCUACCUUUGAUUUCAUGCGUCGAAAUAUAUGUUCCCAGGAGGAGAAAACGUGCCUCAUGGAUCAUCGGCCCAGAUGAAAUGGUCGCGAACGCGACACAACAAAAUGCACUUUGCACGCAUAUUAUUGUGUCUGGAUUAAUGAUCGCCAAUUAGCGAAGUCGCAAUAUUGUUUAUUGCGCGCUACCUUGGCACCGUAUUUGGGGGUCUUCCGAGGCAGCCAUACACACACAUACACACACACCUCAUGCUGUCAGAUCGUCCAUCACUUCGGCCGUUCCUUUCGGGGCGGUAAACACCAAAGUCGGCGGCGUUCAGCGGCUUGGAGUGACAGCUCCGGAUGGCUCUCGAUUGUUUCGGAUGCUCCACGCCGCCGUAGAUCUUCGCUGGACGAUUGUCGACACGCGUGAAUCUGUGAUUGAUGGCUCGAAGCACGUCUGUCUGUCGGCGUGUUGGAAUCAUUUCGCGGGGGCUUUCCAAAGAUUCUGUGGUUAGGCUUGAAGUCGCGGUUUCUGUGAAGCAAGUUGAGAAACGAGAUUAAAUUUUGACUUCGGAACAACUUGCAAGAGGUUCGGAGAGCCUUUUGGCUCAGUUAAAAUUUCAAUACAUAGAGGAAAAGCAUUUCACUUCUAUAAGUUUUUUUUCGUGUACCUUUUCGGCUUGUCCUUGCUUGUGCUUCACCUCGUCACGGUCCAACGCCUCGGCUAAUGCAUUUGACACGCGUGUAUGGGCAAAAGGCUUCUCCGAAACGCGCCAAGGCCUGUGAAGCGACAAAUGCUCGAGAGCCGCCACCUGUCCUGGCGGAAAAAGGAAACACGAGAGAAAAUGUCGGUUGGGUCACGAAAAAAAGUAGAUCAAAUUUGAAAAUUUGGCGCGUUAAAUAAGUUCAGAGAAAAAUUCAUUUCGGACACAAGCUAAAUUUAAUGUGAAUUUCGCGGACUGUGCGAUUCAGAGGGGUUUUUGAAAUUUCAAUUAGUCAGCUGUGACGAAUUUGAAAACGGAGACGUCAGUCAUAAAGCCAAUAACCAUGCGGCGCUUAUAAAACCGUUUUGGCGGGUGCGGGAUUAACUACAAAGAGAAGAGCAGCUGGAACUGAGGCGGUUCAGAUGCAAUGGCAAAGCGACUUGCCGCUUUAUCGUCGACACGUACCUUUUCGACGACGCCUGUCCCAAACAGAGCAAGUACCUGGAGGUGCAGCACGUCUGUCACCAAGGUGAAAAAGAGUGCUUUAUUGGUUUUUGUGUCGUGAAGUUGGCAAGGAUUGGUUGAUGUCCGAGUGGAGUAGAAAACAUGCUUUUUUUGGUUUUUAUGGUAGCUAUCGUGGUGAAAAAGGUUGAUGUGUUUGUCUGUAAAAUCUGUCAAUAACAGGAUGAUCUGCUCUGCGAAGCGGACAGAGAGAAAAAAAUUGAUUAAUAUACUCUAUUCACCGCCGCUUUGGGAUAAAAAUGCAGAGGUGUCUGAACCUCUUUUCACUCAUACUCUUUUUCAAAGAUUCUAUAAAUUUAUCAAAAAUCUCAAGCCAGCGGUGAAUGAGCUAUUUGUCUCAUUCGUGAUUUUAAGGUCUUUGCGAGAAUUCAAGCCAUUUUCCUCACUAUGUGCCUUCAAUCAAAAAAUAAUGCUUUGUUCAUUUGGUUUUUGUAACGCUGUUCUGUGUGCAGGUGCAAUGGGAAGUCGACGUGCGACGUGCAGGUUUCCACGAAGACUUUCGUCGAAGAUCCGUGCCCUCUGACCAGCAAAUACCUUGAAGUCAAAUACAAUUGUGUUUUUGUUGGUUCGUUGUUUUUUUGCUUCUUGUUUUUGUGUGUUCAGUAUCGUUCUUGAGUUGAUAUGGCUUUUUUUUCCAAAACCACUUGUUAAAUUCAAUCAAGGUCAAUUUUAGAAACUACAACAACUUCAACAACGUCUACGACCACGACAGAAGCCCCGGCGCCUGUUUCGGCCAUCAUCGGAGAUGCGGGAAUCGACUUGUAUGAAGACGACGAUGUUGGCAGAGAUAUUGAUUCCCAACGAACAACGAUCCGAUGCAAGCCGAUGACGAUUCGCGGCGUCGUGUGGCCGUCAACGCCGGCUCUUCGAGUGGCUAGGAAUACCUGUCCAGAAGGGUCCACCGGUGGACAGACCUGGCUCUGCGAGGAGACAGGCCUCUGGAGCACUAAAGAGCCCAACACAACCAUGUGCGAGAGCCAAUGGACCUCGACCCGUGACUCCAUGCUCAACGAAGUCAUCGCCGACGAAGACACCAGCGGAGUCGUAGAAGUCCUCCGGCAGCUCAAUUCCGACACUCGUCGGCCUCUUGUCGGUGGUGACGUUCCGAAGGUCGUCACGCUGUUGGAACGCGUCGUCAAUCUCGUCAGCGAAGAGCCGUGGACUCGCCCCGUUCUGUCCAUGACAAACAGAGGCGUCGUGGAGAUCAUCAACUACGUCGUGCGCAGCGAGCAAGUCUGGAAAGGAUGGCCGGAGUGGAAGAGACGGCAGCUGGCUGGACGCCUCUUGGACUUGUCUGAAAAAAUGAUGGUGACGUCGUCGAUGCACUUGUCGGCGAUCGAAGCGAACACACUGGUGCAGCCGUCGGUCACCUGCGAGAUGAGUCAUCGCAUUCGGGUUCGGAUUUGGUUUAUUCUUGGUUAAAGUAAUUGAAAAGGGGUUUCUAGAACAUAAAAAGAGAAGGUUUAUUGAUAUUUUAAAGCAAAUCUGUGUUUAGUCUCUUUCCUCGUGAAAAAGUUGAAGAAAGAGGCGAUCUCAAUGAAUUCAAAAACAAUUUUUUUGGGUAUUAAUACUGGGUUCAGGAAAUGGAAAACAGCUCCUUAAGAAAUUUUUAGUCACCCAGAUUCAUUUUGUCAUUGAGAAAGCUUUCAAAAACAACCCUAAAAGGUUCGUGAGAGUAGAAUCACCACAAGAAGAUGAUCAAGUAAACAGUACGUUUACAGGUGGCCUCUCAGCCCAGCGACUAUUUCGUGUUUCCCUCGAGUGCCGUUUGGAAUGAACAGGUCGUCGACAACGUCAACAUUCCACGUGAAGCACUUUCUCGAGUCUCCGCAGGUAGAGAACAAAAAAUCACGCACUGCUUUAAAACGAAAAAUUUCAGAAGACACCCAAGUGUACUUUUCUUCGAUGGAAAGGCUCGGAGAGCAGAUGCAGCCUCUGGAUUUGAUUGUCCCGUCUCAGGACGGGGCGACAACACGAAUCCGACGACGUCGCGUAGUUUCUCGCGUUGUCGGCGUCGCCGUCGUCUUGAACGGCAUUGUCAAGCCGGUCGAGAAGCUUUCCAAGCCGGUACAAAAGUCGAGAAGGCCUCGUGGAAGAACUUUGUGAUUUUCAGCUCGUCUUGACCUUUUACCACCAACACGCGGCCGUUCGACACAUGGACACGCCGACUUGUGCUUGGUGGAACACUCAAGAGCUUGAUGUUCGUUAGAAUGAAUCUUGCAAAGUAGCCUAGGAAGUUCAGCUCUAAAACGUUUCCAGUUCACUUGAAGUUUUUUUGAGCUCUUAUCGCUUCUCAUAGUUAUUUUGAGAAUUUCAAAACAUCAUUUAAAGAUCGGUUGAAAUUGUAUACAGAAAAAAACACAAAUGCGUAUUUAGUUUUUUUCAAAAAAAGAAAAAAAUAAAAAGGUUUACGUUUAAAGGUACUUUGAUUUUAAAAAGGAGCCGAAAUGAAACCUUUUUCGCCGUUUUCUUUAACGGAUCUUGAAAAAAAAUUUUUUUUUUUAGUGGUCUCCGACUGGAUGCUCGAUGAAAUCCCACAACUCCACGAUGACCGUUUGCGAGUGCAACCAUAUGACCUAUUUCGCUGUUUUGAUGGACGUUCGUGGACAAAAGGUUCGAAAUGUGCUUUUUCCAGUGCAAAUUGAUGAAAUUCAGCUCGACGACACGAAUGAACAGAUCCUAACGAUGCUCACCUAUUUCGGCUGCUCCGUAUCAAUCGUGUGCCUUCUGGCGACCUUCUUCUGCUUCCUGAUCUUUAGUCAGAAUGGCGGAGACCGGUAAGCUCAAUUUCAAAAGAAAAGUAAUAUAAAUAAUGGAAUUUUUCAGUGUUUUCAUCCAUGAGAACUUGUGUUUGAUGCUAGCGGCAGCGGAGGUCGUUUUCCUCGUCGGAAUUGGCCGAACCGAUGACCCGACCCAAUGCGGCUUCAUCGCCUUGGGCCUUCUCUACUUGUUCCUCUCGGCGUUGACCUGGAUGCUUCUCGAGGGAUUCUGUAUCUAUCGCAUGCUAGUGGAGGUAAAAGAUCAUUCUGAUGGAAAUUUGUGCAAUAAAUAUGAAGAUUUGCCCAUAUAAAAUCUAGUAGAAAAAAGAAAAAAAAAUUCGAUUCAGGUCUUUCCAACGGGCUCGAAGAAGGGAUGGUUUCUGGUUGUUGGCUACGGUCUGCCUGCCUUGAUCACUGCAUCUGCCUACUUUUUCGAUCCUUCUGGUUUUGGGACGAGCACUCAUUGCUGGUGAGUCUCAUUAGAAAAUAAUUUGUUCAUUCACAAAGAAAAUCUGUGAGUUUGGUGAAAUGAACCCCUGAGUUUGUAGGCUUCGAACCGACGACUUUUUCAUCAUGUUCUUCGUCGGACCGGCCGUCGUGAUUCUCGUGGCGAACACUCUGAUGCUGUUCAAGGCGAUGUGCGUCGUUUACAAGCAUGUCAACGGCGGCUAUUUACCUUGCCGACACGAGUCAGAUUCUGGACGGAACGUCAGGUAAGACCCCAACAGAUUUGAGUUCUAUAGCUGAACCCUGCCUUUCAGAACUUGGGCCAAAGGCGCGCUAGGCUUGGUUUUCCUGCUCGGCGUCACCUGGACGUUCGGUCUUCUGUGGAUCGACGACGGCAGAUCCAUCGUCAUGGCCUACGUUUUCACGAUCGCCAACUCCCUUCAGGGACUCUUCAUCUUUCUUUUCCACGUCGUCUUCUCCGAUAAGGUAUACUUCUGAACAAACUGAAAAAAAAAGAGAAAAUCUCUGUCAAAUUUUGAGUAACGAAGGCCAAAGUUCAAAAAUCCAACCGAAGCUUAAUUUUGAAAAAAAGGUUAGAUUUAAAAAAAUAAGUUAGAGCCAGAAAUAUUGUCUCAACUAAGAAAAUUUAAACCAAUGCAGAGCUUCAAAAUUUUAUGGAUUCUCGCGAUAAGAUUUUUUUUUGUUCAAAAUUAGAUCGCACAGCAUUAUCUGAAAGUAUUCUACAGAAUCCAAAAAACAGAACAAAAAUGAUUCCAUUUAGCCUAAUUAUCGAAUUCAGAUGCGGAAAGACAUGAAGUACCGAAUCGCUCGUUGCACUGGCUGCCAAUCGAGAAAUUCCCCACAAAAAAGAUCGGCUCUUCCUCACGAUGGCAUGUCGCCAACCAACGGCAGCGCUACCGGAAGCGAGAUAAUGGUAUUAUAUUUUUUUUCUCAUUUUUUUUUUUGGUUUUCAUCACUUUGUUAGACGUGCUGGUACUAUGUGUAUGUGUAUGUGUAGAGACGAUUGGUGACGACGAACACCCGCGGCGAUUAUUCGCCCGUCACGGCGGCAGCCCAUAUCCGCGUCAAUGACCGUUGUAAGAGUGUGAAGAUCCCCUUCCGUAGAAAAGAAAGACGAACUUCUGUAGUGUGCGGCUGUCGCUUGUCUCUCCAUUCUGUUCCACUAACUUUUGUGUUGCUCCUCUCCCAGAAGAGCUCCAUAUCUUUAUUUUUCGUCUAGACACAUAACCAUCUAGUGUUUGUCGUGUUCCACCGUGUGUUCUUGGACUCUCGGCCUCAGUUGAUUCGAUUUUGCAGUACCCGUCCGGCGACAAGUUCCCCUUCGGCAGGGUCUUGGAUACUACGAGUCAAUUCGGAUAUAACACCUCGCGACUGCAUCAUCCGAUUUAUGAGCCUCAAAGUAAGAACUGAACUAUAUCAGCUACAGAAAAUAGAAAAAAAACGAAGGGGAUAUUGAGAAAAUUGAGUUUUCUGUAUAAAUAUGAAAUUAGGUGUGAUUUGAGGUAAAUUAAUCAUAAAUUAAAGUAAUUUUCUUUGCGAUUUCAACAACAUACUUGAAUUUACACAAAGUUCUUGACAUAUUUGAUUUCUUACAACUUUUAUUGUAUUUUCUCAUUUCAAAAAUACGAAUUUCUCAUUUUCAAGUAGACUUUUUGAACCGCAUUGAAAAAUCUGUACAAAAAUAGUAAUUUAUCGCAAGAUUUCGUUCAAAUUCCACCUAAUUGAUGUAGGUACCCAGUUGUAGUAAUAUAAUGGCUACAUGAGCUUGAAACUAGAAGAAAUCCGAACGGAGGAGUCAAACGAACCUUUCAGCGACCUACGACUACGCGACGAUCGCCUACGGAGACAUGAUGCCGGGAAACGUGCAGCGGGCCCCGCCGGCCUACCAUCGCAUGCCCCCGACGCAGUUCUCCCAGGACGGCCGCUACGCGACCAACGGCUGGCAUCACCGUCCGCCUCCUGAGUUCUCUCCGCCACCGCCGCCUGCUCAGCUUCAGCAGCAACGAACCUACGCCUCUAACACCAACUCUUCGGCUCGUCGGCCGCCCUCCUCCAAGAUGAGCGACGACUCGGCGUAUUCCGACGGCGGAUCCUCGCUUCUCACCACCGAAGUGACCCCUCAGGGACAGACCGUCUUGCGGUUCGACCUUCGCAAGUCGUCUUCUCCGCAGAUGUAUUGUCAUGAGCUUUAG